AUGGCUAAUUCUAUGGCCUUGUUAACACAGCGUAAUUGUAUUCAAUUCGCUACCGCGCCGAUACCCACUUUCGAUGGCGAGAAUCCAGCUUUGUCGGUUUUCGCUCAGAGUGUAGAAAACGGGCUCGCGUUAAUACCAGAUACGUCGGAAACAGAGUAUCUGAGUAUCGUGUUGACUAAACUCACCGGUCCGGCGCGGAUUAGUAUCCAAGAUAAACAAUUCAACAAUGUAACUCAAUUGUUACAACAUUUGAAAAAACGAUACGCUCCUGGGAAGAACUUGGCGUAUUUCCAAGCUGAGGUUUCGCGCCUUAAAAUCCGUGAGGACGAAUCACUAAGGAAGUACAUCGACAGAGCCAGCAAACUUGCCCAUGGAUCUCGUAUCGCGAUCCGCGAGAGGUACACGACCAACGUGGAUCAGCUCAUCAAGGAGAUGGAAAUGGACAUCUUGGAGAAUUUCCUUGAGGGUUUACCGGAGCGUGUGGCCUGGAGAAUCGCCGCUCUGGACAAAAAGAUUAAAACUUUAGAAGAGGCGUACGAAGCUGUGUUACAAAUUGAACGUCGCCUCAAGAACCGACGACAGAUUCAGGAGAAGGCAUCACCUAGUCGUCGUAGAGAAGAGGAUUUUCUCAGCUGGAGACGUCCUCGAGAGAAGGAACACAGGCGUGUGUACCCUCAGUCACCGUCACCCUAUCGGCAAAGACCAAGGGAUCGCAGCACAUCUGGUUCCGAACCGGAGUUCGAAGAACGAGCUUCACGUGCAACGGCGUUGACUUUACGUAAGCAUGAUUAUUCACGCUCUCCAAACCACUCACCGGAGGCGCCAAAAUAUGACGAGCCGUUCAACACCAAACACGAUGUUUACGACUUUUAUUGCGCAAACUGCAGUACGGAAGGGGCUGAAAUUUCCUAUUACCAUAAAACCUUGGUAACUCGUAACCAACCUAUUAAACCUAUAUUCUUCAGUAACGCUGAGGAGAUGGAACUGCAUCCAGUAUUGCCAAUUAAACAUAGAUUGCCAGGACGCACAGCUCUCCAAAUUGCAGUUCCAGUCGCAAAUCCGGAGGUUAUGGAAGGGUACCUAGCACGAAUCAAGACUCCUGAACAGGUCUACAUUGGAGAAGCAGCAGUCUGCAAUCAUGAUGGAAUUUGCUAUGUCCUAGCCACAAACACCGGAGAAGACGAAAUCGAAAUCGACAUUGAACCACAACGCAUACAUCCGUAUGAGAUUUUUGACUCAUCAGAUGACGAUCCUAUUCCUUCGUAUCUAGCAAAGGAAACAAAGGAAGACAGAACUACACGUAUCCAAGAUCUUUUAAGGACCGAUCAUCUAAACUCUGAAGAACGACAACAUGUGUUCAAAAUUGUCAGGGAAUUUUCUGAUAGAUUUUUCCUACCUGGAGAUAACCUGGGCAAGGUUCCAAAUUUUCAUCACUCUAUUUACACAACAGACGACAUUCCGAUUAAUACUAGACAGUAUCGGUACCCACCAGUACAUCAGGAGGAGAUACAACGACAGGUUGGAGCUCUGCUAUCGCAGGGUAUUAUUAGACCAUCCACCUCACCAUACAAUUCUCCUUUAUGGAUUGUACCGAAGAAACCGGACGCCGAUGGUAACAAACGUUGGCGAAUGAUUGAAAUGAACCCAAAGGACAGACAGAAGACCGCGUUUACAACCCCACAUGGACAUUUCGAGUUUGUGCGUAUGCCUUUUGGUUUGAAGAACGCACCACCGACAUUCCAACGCGUCAUGAACCGGGGAAUAUGGACUUACUCUACAGACUAA